ACGUUUGUUUCUUCAGUGUCGUUUUUUAUUGGAACACCGAUGAGUUUUUUUGUGUACCUAGCAACAGACUGCAGAUAGCAACCGUGUUGGACAAAUGUCAUCGCUGACGCGGAUUUAAUGAAAUAAAAUGCAUCUGGCAUGAUUUUGGACGAUUGUUACGAGUCCCCUCGUCCUGCUGAUGAAGAGGAGGCUUUCUACAUGCAGUGCAGAGCCGCGUACCUGUCUGUGUUCAGGUCCAGUCUGACAAAUAUCACGUCGAAACAGCAGCUAUGCCGUGCUCUCCAGCAGGCUGGUAGAAAUCCAUCCCAUGCAACUCUCAAUAAAUACUGGACCCCAAGAACAUCCAAACUGAACUUUGAUGACUUCUGCGAGAUUCUCAAGUGUGAGAAGAAAACUGAGGAAGCUGAGCUCAUGAGAGCCUUCAAAAAGAUGGACGUGAACGGCGAUGGCUACAUCUCACACAGUGAACUGGAGAAGGCACUUACCACUAAAGGAGAGAAAAUGACCACUGAAGAGGUGAAUGCUAUUUUCUCGCUACUUGACAUCAACAAAGACGGGAAACUGGAAUAUGCAGAAUUCUGCAGAUUGCUUGUGUCUACAGUAGAGCAGUGUCAGGCGGCUGUUUUGGAGAAGCUCGAGGCUAACGCCAAGCUGAAGAGACAGAACUUUGGCAGUCAGUCAUACAGCCCUCCGAAGAGCGCCAUAUCACAAGCGGCAGCGAGUCUCCCUCAGCCUCCAGAAACACCUCGGGCGGACUCAGACACGACACUCAAGAAAGACAGCCGAUCGUCCUCCCGUCCUUCUUCAGCUCGCAGCAGACGGUCGUCCCUGUCCAACCCAAUCACUGUGACAUCCAGCAGCACAAAGGCCACCAAAAUACCAGAGCCCUCAGGCUUACAGGAGUGGAAUCACACUUAUGUGAAGGGGUGUUUCUUCUUGGAGGAUGAUGGAAGUAUCAGCUCUCUGCAGUACCAGCUCCACAUCCCCCAGACAACCAACGUCUACCUAACCAUCCAACCACUGAGCCUUAGCCACAGACCUGACAAGCCUUCUUCAUGGAUGUCAGUGGACACAGCUCUUUUUGUCAUGUCAGCUGGUGAAACCAAAGAGGACUCAUCUUUAGUGUGUUUCACAGAGUCGAAAGAUAAAGAAAAGUAUGUUUGGAAAGGAGAAUUGAAUGCUGGGACGUACUACCUGCUUCCCUUCACUAGUGGCUGCAAACUUAAGAAAACCAAGAGCAAAAAGAGCUUUUCUAAUAAACCUGUCGAGCUUGUCUACAGGACCGACACUGGAGAACUAGACCUCACCAGAGAACUCAGGGAGGCGCUGUCUGACAUCUUUGAGGUGAUCGACAUGGAUGGAAAUGGUUUGCUCAGUCUGGAGGAGUACAAUUUCUUUGAGCUGAGAACCAGCGGAGAGAAAUGUGACAAGGAUGCCUGGGCUGUCUGUAAAGAGAACUUUGAUAUGAGAAAGAACCAGCUGACACGGCAGGGCUUCAUGGAGCUGAACCUGAUGGAGGCCACAGAGAAAGAUGGAGACCCUGCCGACCUUUGGGUCACCCUGGAAGCUAUGGGCUACAACCGAAUGCUGGAGCUAGUAGAUGCUUGUCCAUUCCAGGUAGAUGUCUACUGUGAAGGCACUCAGCCAUCCACGCAGCCGCUCAGUAUGGACUCAGGGCCCAAGCUUCUGAACCAGGCCGUCCAGAAGUCCAUCACAGCCAGGACAGGGGCCAAAGCACUGAGGGGACAAGACAACGUUUUCAUCUACACCUGUCGAGGAGAACACAGGAUCUCCUCCCUCAUAGCAAACAAGACCAACCAGAAAGUGACUGUCCAUGUAAACAAUGAGCAAAGCAGGAACUGCUGCAGCAGCAGAGGCAUGAGUGUGUUUGCUGUCGAGGUGCCAGCCAGGACUAAGAUGGUGUGCCAACACAUCCUGCCCAUCAAUGAGAGACAGGACUGGACCUACAACUGUGUGGAGACCAUACUACCCUGCACGUGAAGCUGUGGUUCCCAUGAGGGAUUCAAAGCUUACCUAUUCUAGUGACAGAAAAGUGACACAUAAUGAGUAGAAAAUCUGCUGUCUCCACUGACGUGUGAACAGUUUUGUUUGUGGUUAGAUGCUUCUUAUGUGAUAUUUCAUUGUAACUAACAAGGCCCAAAAGGACAUGUUCCAACCGUGUUCAAACUGUACCUGUGUGUUUUGUAAAGCCUCAUAUGUCAGAUUGCAACACCAGGAGGUGAGACCAUCUGUCUGCUUGUGGCUGGCAGCUUGACCACACUGCUGCUUUUGUCGUGCCUUUGUAUACGUGAUGUGGUUAAUGUAGAUAAUUUCAAAAUUGCCUUAAUAAUAAUUAACAUUUUAAAUGUAUAAAAGCUUAAAUAUUAAAUUACCAAUGUGACACAUCUAAUGUACACACAAAUCGAUUUUGUUGAAGUAAUUUAAAAUAGAGAGUUAUUUUGCAUAUUAAUGUCCCUUAUGUGCCAGGUCUGUGCAUCACUAUUUUGGUUCUCCAUGAAUGUCAGUCAGUCACAAUUAAAUGGAAGAUGAUUUUCACAUUAGCUACCUUUUCAUGUGACAGUAUACAGUCCUGUAAUCAUAAAACCAAUGUGCUAAGAUUUUCUUUUCUUUUGUAUCUUUAUAUAUAAUAUACGUAACUUUUAAAAAACAUGUAUUAAUUUGUCAUUUUUCUCGUGUAGUAAAUAUUAUUAUUUAUAUAAUAUAAUAUCUCUUUGGUUUACAGUUUUGAAUGCAACACUUAAUUAUGUCCCACAUCAGCAUCUUGUUUCAACACUCCACAUACCCCAGCAACAUUUUAUAAACCAUUGUAAAUAAACAGAAACUAUGGUUGAAUCAAAAGUGAACAUUUCUUAAACAUUUAGGUGACAUAUAACAGAUUUCACUUGGGCAUGUGAGGAAGCUCAGGUAGGACUUGCUUCAUAUGGAAAUAUGGCCAUUUAAAUGCUGUUGAAACAAUGAUGAUAAUUCAACCUGUGCGUCUAAAGAAAUGUUAAUGUUCUGUCUUUUGACUUGUUAAUCACCAAAUCACUGUUUACUGGGCAUUUGUUUUACAUUUAAAUAAAGGAUUGUACUUGUG